CAGCUGGCAAACUGGUCACAUACACAUAUUAGAAAAUAUCGUCGGACACAAAGUGGGUAAGCUAGAUCGCAAUAUGAGAGUGUAUCUGGUGGCACUGCUGGCCACCUGGGGGGUAUGCCUAGCGUUGCCCCAGGAGGAGAUCGAGGCGAAGGAGUACCUGGAGAAUCUGAACAAAGAGCUGGCCAAACGGAGCAACGUUGAAAUAGAAGCGAUGUGGAACUAUGGCUCCAACAUAACCGCCGAGAACGAGCGGAAAAAGAAUGAAGUCUCCGCCGAGUUGGCCAAGUUCAAGAAGGAGGUGGCCAGAGACACCGCCAAGUACCAGUGGCGCUCCUUCCAGUCGGAGGAUCUGAGGCGCCAGUUCAAAGCCCUCAACAAGUUGGGAUACGCCGCUCUGCCCGAAGCCGACUUCGCUGAGUUACUCCAAUCCAUCUCCUCCAUGGAGACGAAUUACGCCAAGGUGAAGAUCUGCGACUACAAGGACAAGGCCAAGUGUGACCUGGCCCUCGAGCCGGAGAUCGAGGACGUCAUCAGCAAGAGCCGCGACCACGAGAAGCUAGCCUACUUCUGGCGCGAGUUCUACGACAAGGCCGGAACCCCUAUGCGGACCCAGUUCGAGCGAUACGUGGAGCUCAACACCAAGGCGGCCAAGCUGAACAGCUAUGUGAGGUACCGCCUGCGCAAACACUAUGGCGAAUCGGUGGUCUCCGAGACAGGACCCAUCCCCAUGCACCUUUUGGGCAACUUGUGGGCGCAGCAGUGGUCGAUGAUUGCCGACAUUGUGUCGCCGUUCCCCGAGAAACCCAUGGUCGAUAUCAGCGGCGAGAUGCAGAAGCAGGGCUACACAGCCCUCAAAAUGUUCCAGAUUGCCGACGACUUCUUCACCUCAAUGAACCUCACCAAGCUGCCGCAGAGCUUUUGGGAAAAGUCGAUCAUUGAGAAGCCCACCGAUGGCCGUGAUCUCGUUUGCCACGCCAGUGCCUGGGACUUUUACCUCGUCGACGAUGUGCGCAGCAAGCAGUGCACCCUGGUUCUCCAGGACCAGCUCUUCACCAUUCACCAUGAACUGGGUCACAUCCAGUACUUCCUGCAGUACCAGCACCAGCCGUUCGUCUACCGCAAUGGAGCCAAUCCCGGAUUCCACGAGGCCGUUGGCGAUGUCCUCGCCCUGUCCGUCUCAACCCCCAAGCACCUUGAGAAGAUCGGUUUGCUUAAGGACUAUGUGCGCGACGAGGAAACGCGAAUCAACCAGCUAUUCCUCGCCGCCCUGGACAAGAUAGUCUUCCUGCCCUUCGCCUUCACCAUGGACAAGUACCGCUGGUCGCUUUUCCGCGGCGAGGUGGACAAGGCCAACUGGAACUGCGCCUUCUGGAAGUUGAGGGCAGAGUACUCCGGCAUUGAGCCACCAGUAGUGCGAAGCGAGAAGGAUUUCGAUCCCCCGGCCAAAUACCAUGUAUCCGCGGACUACGAGUACCUCAGGUACCUGGUCUCCUUUAUCAUUCAGUUCCAGUUCCACAAGUCAGCUUGCAUCAAAGCUGGGCAGUACGAAGCCAACAAUGCGGAGCUUCCGCUGGAUAACUGCGAUAUCUAUGGCAGUACUGAGGUCGGAGCAGCUUUCCACAAAAUGCUGUCCAUGGGCUCCUCGAAACCCUGGCCCGAUGCACUGGAAGCCUUCAGCGGAGAACGCAUCAUGUCCGGAAAGGCCAUUGCCGAAUACUUCGAGCCCCUGCGCGUUUGGCUGGAGGCCGAGAACAUUAAGAAUAAUGUGCACAUUGGCUGGACCACUUCAGAUAAGUGCGUGUCUUCUUAAUUGUAAGAAAAAAUAAAGUUUCAAAAAAUCCUAGGGGUUUUAAUAUCCAAAAAUUUGUUUUUAAUUAAAUUAAAUACUUAUAUUAUUAUAUAUCACUUUUAUUUAUUAUACUUCAUUACAUUUAUGUUUAAAA